GGUCACGAAAACAAGGAAGUGGAGAAAAGUUGUCAGUUAAUUCUUUCAAAAAUUGUUUGGUUUAGUAGGUCUUUUAGCGAGUUUUCUACCAUACAAAAAUAACCACUAUUAAACAGAUUUGUGUAUGUUUGAUUCUCAGUAUGUUUAGUCUUCACAUAGACUUAUAUGCUGCUGCCGCGUUAAUUUAUUGAUUCAUUCAUUUACAAGUGAUGUACUCAAAAGAUUUACACGUUUUCUACCGUCACUGAAGAAACUUUAUGAGUUAGUUUCAUCCUAGUAUUAGCCAAAAGGUCUGACUGCAGCCAGGAUGAAGAUGAUAACAUUCUUCAUCGUGGGGCUCAUGGUCCAUAUUGUUUUCUUUCUUUCGAUUUUUGACAUUUACUUCACAUCUCCACUGGUUCAUGGAAUGACACCCCAGCGUGUAUCUCUGCCUCCUCCAGCCAAGCGUCUCGUCCUCAUUGUGGCAGAUGGCUUAAGAGCAGAGAGCCUUUUUAAACCAGAUGACAAUGGGACAGUCAGAGGUCCUUACAUAAGGAGUGUGAUUGAAGAGACUGGCACAUGGGGAGUGUCACACACGCGAGUGCCCACAGAAUCACGUCCGGGUCAUGUUGCUCUAAUAGCAGGAUUUUAUGAGGAUGUUAGUGCUGUGGCCAAGGGCUGGAAGGAGAAUCCAGUGGAGUUUGAUUCGGUUUUUAACGAAAGCAGACAUACCUGGUGCUGGGGAAGUCCUGACAUAUUACCAAUGUUUGCUAAAGGGGCCAGCGGGGACCACGUGUACACUCACACUUACCCUCCAGAUCGGGAGGACUUUGCCUCUACUGAUGCAUCCAAGCUUGACACUUGGGUUUUUGAUGAAGUUAAGGCUUUUCUUAGUGCUGCCAAAAACAAUGAAACUCUACUGAAUCAAUUGCACGAAGAUCAAAAUGUGUUUUUCCUGCAUCUUUUGGGGAUAGACACUAAUGGCCACGCCCACCGGCCCAUGUCAAAGGAGUAUCUAGAGAACAUUGUCCUGGUUGAUGCUGGUGUAGCUGAAAUUGUCACUGUGAUGGAUGACUUUUUCGGGCAUGAUGGAAAAACAGCUUAUGUGUUCACGUCCGACCAUGGCAUGACGAAUUGGGGGUCUCAUGGUGCGGGACACCCAUCAGAGACGCUGACCCCACUAGUGGCAUGGGGAGCUGGGGUUCAGACAGCACAGCGAACUGCCUCCCAGAAAUAUGAUGAUUCUUAUCUAAAAGAAUGGGGAUUAGAAAACUACAGGAGAGUAGACGUCAAUCAGGCUGAUAUUGCUCCACUGAUGUCAUCGCUUUUAGGACUUCCGUUUCCUUUAAACUCUGUGGGAGUCUUGCCACUGAACUACCUUAAUAACAGCCAGCACUUUAAGGCUGAGAGCAUGUUUACCAAUGCAGUUCAGAUUUUGGAGCAGUUCAAGGUGAAAAUGACACAGAAGGAAGAAACAACACUAUCAUUUCUGUUUACACCUUAUCAGCCCCUGACCGACUCAAAACUGAUGGAUUUUGUUCAUCACGCGAGAGAUUUGAUCCAGAAAGGACAGUUUGAUGAGGCAAUCCAUUACUGUGAGGGUCUCAUAGCUCAGGCCAUGGACGGCUUGUCAUAUUAUCACACAUAUGAUCGUCUCUUCCUGGGCUGCAGUGUAGUUUUGGGUUUUGUUGGUUGGACAUCUUACGUAGUUCUGUUUAUCCUGAAGAUUCACGCUAGCAUUCGCAAACUUCCGUCAAACAUAAACUUGAUUGCAGAAAGGAGACUGGUCUUGAAGUUUCUAUGUUUAGGCCUAUUUGUGGCUUUGUUCCUCGUCAUCCAAUCCAGUCCCUGGACUUACUACAUCUACUGCUUGCUUCCCGUGCCUGUGUGGUACGCUGUUGUAAAGGAAUUUGAAACUUUUGCUGGUCUGAUCCGAUCCAUUCCCACACUACCAGUUAGCAAAUGCAUUGGGUGUUUUUUGCUGAUGAUGUUCGGAAUUGAAUUAUUGGUUGUGAGUUUUUUCUAUCGAGGUAUGUUGACAUUAGGGCUGAUCGUCCUGGCAUUGUGGCCUGUGGCCUCUGGCCUAUAUCUAAAAGCAAAGUUUAGGUCACUGAGCUGGAUGUUUAGCUGUCUCUGCUUGGCUCCAUUUCCACUGUUGCCUGUUGUGGGACGGGAACCCAGCAUCACAUACGUUAUAUGUGCUGGAGUGCUGACCGUCCUCACCUCUUCCAUAUACCUUUGGUCAUCAUGGAAACGCUCUCUACCAAUCAGAGAUCGUCUGCUGUUCCUCUGCCAGAUCAUGCAGGUGAUGCUGUGUCCCUACGUCCUGACCAGCACCCACUCUAGUCUGCGACUGAAGCAGGGCCUGCCGCUCUUCAACCAGCUUGUUAGCUGGAUUACCCUAGUUUCUUCCUUUUUCGUGCCCUUGCUGAACUCCACCAGGCUCUUUCACAGGCUGUUGAGCAUCCUGCUGUCCCUCGUGUGCGUCUAUCUGCUCCUGAGCACAGGGUACGAGGCUCUCUUCCCUCCAGUGCUGUCAUGGCUUAUGUUUGCAUGGAUCAAUAUCGAGCAGGAAGCCAUGAACACUCACAGAGGCUCAAACAGGGCUGAGCUCUCCAGCAUUGAUUUUGCUGAAAGUAUCGACAUUACCAAAAUCAGGCAGCUGAGACUGGAUGAUAUUCGGCGAUCUUACUUCUUUGUGUUUUUCAUAGUAAUUGCAUUCUUUGGCUGUGGAAACAUUGCGUCCAUCAACAGCUUUGAUCCAGCCUCUGUAUAUUGCUUUCUCACCGUCUUCAAUCCUUUCAUCAUGGGUGGACUUCUAAUGUGGAAGGUUUUAAUUCCAUUUAUACUUGUGAUGUGCACAUUUGAAAGCAUACAAGUGUCAACGCGGCUCUCAUCACGAAGCCUUUUCCUUGUUGUGCUGGUCAUCUCAGACUUAAUGGCCCUGCAUUUCUUCUUCUUGGUAAAGGAUUAUGGAAGCUGGCUUGACAUAGGCACUAGUAUUAGUCACUAUGUCAUCGUAAUGUCCAUGACCAUCUUUCUCAUGUUACUGAGCAUCAUGACCCAUGUCUUGACCUCCAAGCAAAUCUUCAUCGGACGGAAAAGAAAGAUGCACCUUAGAUGACAGCUUGCUCGGACCUCUCAUAGUCCUGCUAAUCUUUACAAGGUGCAAAACAAAUACAAUCACACCAAAAGUGUACCAGCACACCAACAGGACAAAUGAUGCUCAUUCUUUCGGUAAAGCCGUUUGCUUGUGUUUCCUAAUGUUACACAAGAUUUAUGACUCGCAUUUGGUAAGAGGAAGACUGUGUCUUUUGGGUAAAUUUUAAGGUAAAAACAGGGUCAAAAAUGCCAUUGAAAGUUAACACAUUUUAAAACAUAAAGGCAGAAAACCCCUUCCUUCAUUUUUAUUUGGGUAUAAUUAAAUAUUCUGUUAUAAACACAUAUUUUAUUACAUUUAUUGUAGUGUUUGACACGAAAGGACGACCUUAUUUAUUUUAUAUGGCUAUGAUAUCCUGUACUUAUAAACAAGCUCGAUAAACAUAGAGGAAAAAUAUUACCUCUAAUAUUAAAAUAAAAUUUUGACGCUGUGUACAGGUAUUUUUGUUUUGUGACCAUGUUCCUGUAGGAAAUGCAAAUACUGAUAAAAUGUUUAACCAUAAACCUAUGCAAAAACAAUGCGAGUUGCUUUGGAUUAAAGUCCCUGCCAAAUGUGUCUCAUUAAAUGUGGCUUUUGGAAAAAACCACCUGGGUGCAGUUGAUAUUUCUGUGGUUAUCUGUUUCCUUAAAAAAUGUGAUGGUAUUUACCACUACACAUUGCACUUGAAUGACAUGCAGUUCACACCUUUUUUAAUUUAAGUUCCAGACCAGUAUCCAUUAUUUUCCACUUCAAACAACGAUUAAAACUUAUCUGAAAGUGAGACGUGGGUUAAAGAGAAAAAAGUGUGCCCAUUGCUGUGUACUGUACUGUGUACUGUAUUGACGAUUAAUGCCAAAUGUGUUAAAUGUUACUGUUUGGGUGAUCAGAUGGUUUUUUGUUCAAUGUAUAAUUUUAUACUCGUUUAUAUUAAAUUGCU